CCAAAUCCCCGGGCCGCGCUCUGAGUGAGGCGCCAGGAGGUAGCCGCCUCCGCAUCUGAGACUGCGAAAGGGUCUUAACCAUGAGGGGUUCCUGCGAGAGAUGUGGGAAGGAUGAAGAGCAGAAGGAAGAGGCUACAGCGGCCUGUGAGCAUCUUUCAAGGGUCCUUGAGGCGGAGCAGAGUUCCGAGGACGAUUCGGACUCCGACCUGGAGACGGAAGGCACCCAUGGGCUUGGAGAACUGGUCAGGGAUACCCUCUACCUGAGGUCUUGCCAGGUCCAUAGCGUUGUGCCCAUCUCCUGCUUUCUGUGCCAAAGGAGCGCCCCAGAGCUGAACCUCCGGCACCGUGGCCUGGGGCCCCAGGGUGCCCGUGCUCUGGCUUCCUCAUUGAGCUCCAGUCUAUCGGUCAAGCGGCUGGACCUUCGAGACAAUGGGCUCUGUGGGGCAGGUGCAGAGGCCCUGGCAGGUGCCCUGAGCAAAAGCAGCAGCAUCCAUGAUUUGGACCUGUCGGACAACCAGCUGGGAGUAGCAGGAGCGCAGGCCCUCUGUGCCGCCCUGACUGUGAACCGGGCUGUGCAGAAGAUGCAACUGUCAGGGAAUGGCCUGGAGGAGCAGGCGGCCCAGCACCUUGCUGAACUCCUGCUGGCUCACACAGACCUGAAGUCCCUGGACCUGAGCUAUAACCAGCUGAAUGACCAAGCAGGAGUGAAGAGAGCGAGUCAGAAGGUCUCCCUUGGUUUUUCUGAAGGGGAGACACUCGGACCAGCCCUGGCAGAAAACACAGGACUCACCGAGCUUAACGUGAGCUGGAAUCACCUCCGAGGCCCAGGAGCUGUGACAUUUGCCAGGGGACUGGAGGCAAAUAUCUUCCUUAAAGUUCUAGACAUCUCAUACAAUGGCUUUGGGGAUCCUGGAGCCUCUGCAGUGGGUGAGGCUCUCAAGACCAACAACGUGUUGGAGGAACUCAACAUGAGCAACAACCGCAUCUCUGCGAUGGGAGCCCUGAGCCUGGGCCUGGGCCUCCGGGCCAACCAGACGCUGAGGAUUCUGGUAGUGUCCAGGAAUCCCAUGAGAAGUGAAGGCUGCUUUGGUCUCCUCAAGUCUGUCCAGGACAAUCCAGCCUCUGCCCUGGAACUGCUGGAUUUCUCUGAUAUCCAGGUGAACACAGAGUUUGAUGACCUUGCUAACUCAGUGAAGAGAAUUCUUCCAGCGCUCUGCAUAAAAACUGGUGCUCGCAAAGUGGAGUAUAAAAAGGAGUUGCUAUCCGUCUUCAGACCAGCCCUGCCGGUAUCUGUCCCUAAGUGAUCUUGGAGUGUGGCUUCCUCAUCUCCAGUCAGCUGCUUCGACCUCCAGGGUCAGGAGCUCUUUGACUCGCAAGGCCUUGGUACCACUUGUGUCUGCACUGAAUCCCUAUGUCAGCUGUGUGCUAUUGAGCUGGCUUUCACGGCAACUCACACACCUGACCCUCCCCUGUGCUCCAUGGACACUGCACUCAUCUGGGCCUUCCUGUGCUCUCACUCAUUCAUGUCACACAAACCCCUACGAUGUGUGGCAUAUUGAGAUGGGCAUGGUAUCUGAGAUGCUCAAGCAAGUCCCUGCCCUCCCCAUGUUCAUAUUCUGGUGACUUCAGGAGACUAUUAAAAGGAGGAGUGCACAUUCUA